CAAUAACAGUGACUGUCAUCGGGUGUAGGAAUGUGGUGCAUGCAGGUUGGUCGAUGUGGGAGUUUUAAUCACGAAAACAAAAUGCUUUUACUUGCUGCCGCAUAACAAGUUACCGAAAAAAAAGGAAAUACUAACCUACAACUCAACAUCUUAGCCAAAGACUAGGCUGGCCAGCUUAUUUGAAAUAUUUAGGUUUACCUUCAAGGAUCAUUUGCAAUGGCGCUAAGGGCCGAAAGCGAAAAGUGGCUCACCGCUCACAAUGACCCACUGGCAUCAUUGUACACUUUUAGUUGUAGUAUGGCCUUAGCUGAUCUUCAUGGUGAUGGCGACUGGAAGCUUAUUAUUGCUGAUCUUGGGACUGGGGCCUAUAAUAUGAAACUCAAGGUCUAUAAAGGUACAAACUUGAUGUCAGAAAAUACUCUGAUAGAUCUCCCCACUGGAGUCAUCACAUUUCAUAUGGAUACUACAGAACCAAGGGUUCCUGCUGUUGCAGUUGCAUCAGGGAGCUACAUUUAUAUAUAUAAAAACCUUCGGCCUUAUUUCAAGUUUACAUUACCCACUUUAGAAGUGAAUCCCACUGAAUUUGAUGCAUGGAGUCAGGCAAGGGACGAACUACUUGAUGUUGGUAUGCUGUAUGAGAUUCUGGACUCUUUAAGACAAGAGGUAGGGGAGUGUGGUCUUACUACCCGGUCACAACGUUUUCUAAUGUGCCCUGAUCAUGCAGAACAAGUUGCUUUCCUUGAUCAGCACAAGGGGUUCAUUCUUAAAAGACAAACUGUGGUGACCUGUUUUUCUACAAUGAAAAAAAGCCAUGCUGAGGAUGAUGCAAUAUCUUGUUUAGUACUUGGCACAGAGAGUGCCAAUAUAUUUAUAUUAGAUCCUGAGGCCUUUACCAUCUUGAAUAGUAUGAGUCUAACCAGUGUUCCAGUGUUCCUGUCAGUGUCAGGACUGUAUGAUGUUGAAUAUAGAAUCAUUGUAGCUUGCCGUAAUGGUCAUGUUUAUACUUUGAAACGUGGAACCAAGGUAGGACGUCCUGCAGCAGAAUUAUCAUCACAGCCAAUUGGCUUGCUACGCAGAGACAAAAGUAUUGUUGUUGCCACAAUGGACCAAAACCUACACUGUUUCAAUAAUAAGGGUAAACGUCUCUGGUCUUUUCACCUACCUGCUCCUGUUAUGUGCAUGGAAACCUUAGAAAUUCGAACUUUAGGCCUCAAACUUACUGCCCUGGGAAUGUCAGAUCAUAGAGUGCUAAUUUAUCGUGAUAAACACCUAGUUGAUACAAUUCACACAGAAGACAGUGUAGCAGCAAUGAAGUUUGGUCGCUUUGGUCGAGAAGACAACUCACUGAUACUAGUUAUGAAAGGUGGAGGGCUUAUCAUCAAAAUACUGAAGAGAACAGCUCGCUUUGAGAUAGAUGACAAUCAGGGACACAUUCAUCCUAGUGCUCUCAAGCUUAAUAUCCCUAAAAAGACUAAAUUAUUUGUUGACCAGACAAUGAGAGAAAGAGAGAACUCAGUUUUGAUGCACAGAGUUUUCCAACAUGAUCUGUAUCGCCUACGUCUCAACACAGCUCGAGCAUACGUGCAAGCUUUGGAGACCAGUAGCAAUCCAGUUUCCCUUUCACAGACAGAGCCUUUAAAACUGUCUGCUCAGGUACUAGGUCUUGGUCCAACUUUCAAAUUGAGAGUAGAGCUGCAAAAUACCUCUGUUUCAGUGCCUUCUCAACAAGUAGCAGUAGUAUUUCACUGUGAUGACCGCAUUUAUACCGUCAACAGAUCUUAUAUUCAGAUUCCAAUGCUUGUGCCUGGGAUCAUUCAUGUUGCAGAAACACUAGUAACCUGUAUAUCUGAGCUGGGAAUUUCCGACACAGUACGUGUAUUUGUGGUCAAGGGUAAAACAACAAAACCAUUACUUACAGCAGUUAUUAAUAUGCCUGUUGCAGAAGUCUUCAUGGCAUCCUAAAAUCUCUGCUGUGAAAAUUGUGGUCUUAACUAGAUACUUUAAUGACAAGACUUGCCUUUUAUCAGAGAUUAUCAUCAUAAAUUCAAUAUUGUAGACUGAGCAAAACUAUCAUGUUACUUUUGCAAAAUGUAUAUAUGGAGUAGAUAGCAAUAAGAUAAAAGCAGAAUACUGGGUUAAAG